AUGAGUCAGGGUCUCAUCGACUCGAUGUACGAAUUCGACGAUAAUAAUAGUAACGAAGAGGCCGCAGCGUUUGGCUUUAAACCAGCUCUUCCUCUUCACGCUGACCAAACGACCCUAUCAGUGGCUCCUCCUCCUCCUCUUAUUUCUCCGUUGCCUCCCGCGCUUCUGCCUUUAAUCAUCACUGAUCAGGCAGUAUUCGACCGGGCUCAAGUGGCCGAUCAGCCUUACUGUCCGUGGACCUGGACCACAUCAGGACGCAAGACUGACGCCCUAUAUGUCAUACACGAGAUUAGCAAAUGGUAG